AUGUCGAGCCUUGCCAGAACUGCCAACCUCUUGCUGCGCUCCAGCCGGGCGUCUAUGUUGCGUCCCCGUGCUGUCAACCCCAUCCAGCAUGUCUUUGCCAAAGACAAGCUGGCUGCCCGCGGUCUGGCAACUGCUUUCGAGCGUACCAAGCCUCACGUCAACAUCGGUACCAUUGGUCACGUCGAUCACGGCAAGACCACUUUGAGUGCUGCCAUCACCAAGCAGCAGGCCACCAAGGGUCUUGCUAGCUUCCUCGAUUAUGGCUCUAUCGAUAAGGCCCCUGAGGAGCGCAAGCGUGGUAUCACCAUCUCCUCUGCCCACAUCGAGUACGCCACGGAAGCUCGCCACUACUCCCACGUCGACUGUCCUGGUCACGCCGAUUACAUCAAGAACAUGAUCACUGGUGCUGCCAACAUGGACGGUGCCAUCGUUGUCGUUGCUGCUUCCGAUGGUCAGAUGCCUCAGACCCGUGAGCACUUGCUGCUCGCCCGUCAGGUCGGUGUCCAGAAGAUUGUCGUCUUCGUCAACAAGGUCGAUGCUGUCGAUGACCCGGAGAUGUUGGAGCUCGUCGAGUUGGAGAUGCGCGAGCUUCUCACCACCUACGGUUUCGAGGGCGAGGAGACUCCCAUCAUCUUCGGCUCUGCCCUCUGCGCCAUCGAGGACCGUCGCCCUGACAUUGGUGCCGAGAGAAUCGACCAGCUUCUCGAGGCCGUCGACACCUGGAUCCCCACUCCCCAGCGUGACCUUGACAAGCCUUUCUUGAUGUCCGUUGAGGAAGUCUUCUCCAUCCCCGGUCGUGGUACCGUCGUUUCCGGCCGUGUCGAGCGUGGUCUUCUGAAGAAGGAUAGUGAAGUCGAGAUCGUCGGUACCACCAACGAGGUCAUCAAGACCAAGGUUACCGACAUUGAGACCUUCAAGAAGUCCUGCGACGAGUCCCGCGCUGGUGACAACUCCGGUCUCCUUCUCCGUGGUAUCCGCCGUGAGGAUAUCAAGCGUGGUAUGGUCGUUACCGCUCCCGGCAGCGCCCGUGCCCACGACAAGUUCAUGGUCUCCAUGUACGUCCUGACCGAGGCUGAGGGUGGUCGUCGCAGUGGAUUCGGUGUUCAGUACCGUCCCCAGCUGUACAUCCGUACUGCCGAUGAGGCUGCCGAGUUCAGCUUCCCCGACGGUGACCAGACCCGCCGCAUCAUGCCCGGUGACAACGUUGAGGUCGUUGUUAAGACCCUCCGCCCCCUGGCUGCUGAGGCCGGUCAGCGCUUCAACGUCCGUGAGGGUGGCCGCACUGUCGCCACUGGUCUGGUUACCCGUGUGUUGGACAAAUAG